GCGUUAUUCCACGUUAUAUAACGAGUGCGAGGACAACGAGGAUAUAAAGGACGAAUUCCUCUCUCUCUCUCUGCCAUUCACUGGAGUCGAAAAUCAUGGAGUUCUUGCCGAUUUACUAUCGCCCAAUGCCCCCGCAACAACAGACCGCCUCCCCCUUCCGUGAUUUGUUGAGGCACAUGCUGCACGAGGAAUUGAAUGCCAACCCAAAUCUCCCCCAUGCACCCGCUCUUCAGCAGAGACGCCGAGAUGUACCCGAGAAGUGGAGCAAAACAUUCCGACUGGACAGCUACCAGCCCGACGAUGUGAAAGUAGUGGUUAAGGAUGGCUACGUGCGGAUCAACGCUAAACAUGUGGGCGGAGAUGAGGACAACAGUGAUAUCCGGGAAUCCACCCGGACCAUCCGGAUUCCCGACGGAGUCGAUCAAAGUAAGAUCCAUUGCUUCCAGAGCAGUGAGAACCACUAUACGGUGGAGGGACCUAUGUUACCUAACGAGGAUGAUGAGAUGGAAGUGAAACUAGAAAACGUCCCCGCCAUAACGGAUGGAAGUGACGUCGACAUGCAAGUUGCAGAGCAAUCGAGACCAUAUCAAGAAAAUUUGGAUCUUUCCGUUUUCGAUCCCGAUCACAUUAAUAUUACACGUAAGAAGAACGUCGUCUCUAUUUCCGCCGACCAUAACCGCGAGGAGAACGGAAUUCGAGUUCAAAGGUCAUUCCGGAAAGAAUUCACCCUUCCCGACGGCGUUGAUUACAGGCAGGUCAAGGCCGCGCGCGGGGCAGACGGAAAAGUGGCCAUCAUGGCUCCAAGAAUGGAAAGUUAAAUCAAAAUAUAUUGUUUAAUCGGCUUACAGACUUUUGGAGUCUUUGAUUGUCAGUAGGAUAUAUUGAUAAUAGCAUCUUUGCUAGAUGUUA